AUGGUAAAGCACCCCCACUACUUCUAUAGAAUUCUAGUUUAUGGCUACGAUCUUCAGCGACGUCUGCUUGGCUCUAUCGCUUUUGUAUUGGCUCUGAAUUAUAAGCAGAUGGAAUUAUAUCAUGCUUUACCCAUAUUCGUAUUUAUAUUGGCAAGAUCUUCCAAGAGACCACUCUUGUCGAACAUUGUGGAAAGUUUUACAUCAAUUCUGAGAGUUGCUGCAGUUGUUGUGCUUUCGUUCAUAGUCUUAUGGUUCCCCUUUAUUGUCAACGGAACACAAAGUGUUCUGGCUGUUCUUAGCAGAAUUUUCCCGUUUUAUCGUGGAUUAUAUGAGGCGAGUUAUUGUACUUCAGUUUUUUCAAAUCUUGAUUAUCUCCUGCAUCUUAACACGGCAUUUAAUGGUCUUUCGUCUCCCAGUGUACAGUCAAACGGCUAUGUACUCAUAUCAGUGAUACAUUUACCCAAAAUGCUGACCCGCGAUGCUGUUGCUUCCUCAGUAUCCAGUGGUAGUUACAUGGCUGUUGCAUAUUACCAACACAAG